AUGGCCGACAGAACGCCUCCUUCAACUCAAGGCUAUGACCGGGUUGAAUUCUACAGCUGCGAAACGAGUGUCGCGAGGAUCGAGAGGGACAGAAGGGAUCUGCUUACCAGUAAUCGGUUCAGAAUCCUAAUCGUCAAAUGUCCUCAGCCUUCAGAUGGGCCAUCCUUGAUCGAAUCGUCCUCAUCGUCCGACUCCUCGUCUCCGGCCAAGUCAGCGCUGACCAAAUCAAAGCCAUCCGACGAUCACGAACUGGAAGACGAUCCUCUGUACAACCAAGACCAAAUCCUUCAAGUGGCGCGCAACAACGGCUGGAUCGACGAGCACUUCGACUCGUACAUCAAGAACAACACGGCCAGUUCGGCGGUUUUCGAUAGUCCCGAGAGCAUCAGGCUGAUUGCACAGUCCCCGAAGGACGAUGGCUUUCCGUUCUUCUCGCUGGCCUUCACACAGCGCUUUUCCGAAACUCGCCAGUACGAUUCUGACUGGGAAUGCCUCGUCUUCUUUCGACCCGCCGGCCUCUGGGACAAUCAGGUUGGACCCUUGCUCACCCGCAACCCUUUCCCACACGACUACCCGGAACCUCUCCAGCCUGAUUUCAUGGUGCUGCCGGUGACGCUACUGCGGUGGCAGGUGGACGACAUCAUCAACGAGCUGAACAAGACCAAGAAAUCCCUCAUGAACCACGACCGGGGUUUUGGUUCGAAACCGGUCCCGGAGCUCAAGAACAUCAAGAAAGUCCUGUUUGAACUGCGACAGAAGAACUUCUUCCUGCGUCACCGACGGGACUUUGCGAGAGAGUUUGCAGAAACUCUGCUAGAGACCUUUCGGGCCAUCGAGAGGCGGCAUUCGAGCCCGGACGAGACGCCCGUGUAUUCCCCAUCAAUGAUUGCACGUGUGGCAAGCCAACAGGCCAUGUUGAAGAGUGUGGAACGCGAUUUGGAGACGACAGCUUCCAGGAUUGAGUCUCAACUGGAUUUUGUAAGCCUCAAAGACGCCAGCAUUGUUUCGCAUUUACGUACUUACUUCAAACGACAGGCCGACGGACAAAUGAGAGAAGCUUUUGCGCGACGAGACAGCACCUCGAUGAAGGUUAUAGCUGUUGUGACAGUGAUUUUCCUUCCUGCCACCUUCAUAGCCACCAUCUUUAGCAUGGGCAUUUUCGACUGGCAUGCUGGACAGCCGGACGAUGAUACCACAAUUGUAUCAAGUUGGCUUUGGCUGUACUUUGUCUUAUCAAUUGUCUUGACGGCAAUCAUCGUCGUCGUUUGGAAAUUGGCGUCGAAACGCAUCGAGAGGAAAUUGGCAAAGGAAUCCGAGGAAAAAUGGGAAGGAAAAUGGCCAUGA